UGAUUAGUGGACGCGCGCUCCCGCGGACCGGUGGUUAAACAUGGCUGCUCUCAGCAAGUCGAUACCGCACAGCUGCUAUGAGAUCGGGCACACAUGGAAUCCGUCAUGUACGUCCUCCACCCUGCAGGUGACAGCCGGAGCUUUGGAGGUCUCCUUCAAAAUAUAUGCACCUCUUUAUCUGAUUGCAGCUAUCCUAAGAAGAAGGAAGAAGGAUUAUUACAAGAAAAGGUUGAUUCCUGAAAUCCUGCAGUCCACAUCUUUCUUGACGGCCAAUGGAGGCCUGUACAUUGCAUUCUUCUGCAUUCUUCGGAAGCUGUUGGGGCGUUUUUUCUCCUGGUCGGCUGGUUUUGGUGCGGCACUGCCUGCCUCAUAUAUCGCCAUACUGAUAGAGCGUAAAAGCAGGAGAGGACUUCUAACAAUUUAUAUGGCAAACCUGGCAACAGAGACAAUUUUUCGGAUGGCUGUCACAAGAGGUCUAGUUAAACCUGUGAAGCAUGGAGAGGUUCUUCUCUUCUGCUUGACUGCGUCUCUCUACAUGUAUUUCUUCAGAUGUAAAGACAGUCUGAAUGGCUUUGCAUUCUCUGCCCUUAAAUUUAUAGUUGGGAAAGAAGAGAUCCCUACACAUUCUCUGGCCGAGAACACAAACCCACAAGGCUCGGAGAGACCCACAACACUGGCGGAUCACAGACACGCAUCUACCUCUAGAGGGAGCGGCAUCAGAUCACUUGCACGAAGACUGCUAGAAUCAAUAUGCAAACAUGGACCCAGGCAUAGAUGUUGCAAACACAAUCAGGACAACUGCAUCUCCUACUGUGUUAAAGGUUUCAUCCGGAUGUUCAGCAUGGGUUAUCUCAUUCAGUGCUGUUUGAAGGUUCCCUCAACAUUCAGACAUGUCUUCACAAAACCUUCUCGCCUGCUCUCGCUGCUGUACAACAAAGAAAACUUCCAGCUAGGAGCUUUCCUGGGAUCUUUCGUCAGUAUAUACAAGGGCACAAGCUGUUUACUCCGAUGGAUGCGUAACCUGGAUGAUGAGCUCCAUGGUCUCAUUGCAGGGUUUCUUGCUGGCACCUCAAUGUUCUUCUACAAGAGCACCUCAAUCUCCAUGUACCUCUUUUCCAAACUAGUGGAGACAUUGUAUUUCAAAGGCAUUGAGGCAGGCAGGUUUCCAUACUUCCCUGAGGCUGACACAAUAAUCUAUGCCAUCUCCACCGCCAUCUGUUUCCAAGCGGCUGUUAUGGAAGUGCAAAAUCUGAGACCAUCAUACUGGAAGUUUCUGCUGCGGUUGACGAAAGGCAGGUUUGCUCUGAUGAACAGAAAAGUGCUCGAUACUUUCGGGACCCAAGCUUCUAAAAAAUUUGAUUUCACACCGAAACUUGAUCCCAGAUAUGUGCUGUGUCCCAUGGACAUGGAUGUACAGCUAGGCUGACAUAAUAAGCUAGAUGUCUUUCCAUAGACCAAGAUUUAAAAGCUCUCGAUCUUAAACAAGAUCUCCCUUUACUACCCUCUCUCGCCCUCACACUGGUACAUGUUGACUGUAAGUGUAAAGGCGGUUUUAUGUUUACUUUAAUGAUGUGAAUCUUUUUGUAAUGACAUUUUGUAACAUAAUCAUCAUAGGCUGGAUGUGACACAAAAAAAAAACUAUUUGACCUUCACAGGAUAAUGGUUCCUUGUAACCUAAAGAUUCAAGAUGCAACCAUAGUUUAAACAUUUAACCAUUAGGCUUGAAAUUGAGAUGUUCUGAUAGCGGUUUAUCUCAUAAAUCAGUUCAAAUCCUAAUGUUUGGUUACCAAAAUGAUCAAUAACUUCCGAUAUCUGCCGUAGUCAGGGUAUGCGGGUUAAGCCAUGUGAAAAGAUCUUACUAGCACUAUUGUUGCGUGUGAUCUCUUCCUUGUCUGUUUCAUACGACACUAUAUUAAGUCUUCUCUAUAAACGGAGGCUUUUAAUAGAAAGUUAAAGGUUAUUGGUAUAAAACUCUUGUAAUCCACCUUUUCUUGUAGUAUUCUGGUUAAUAUUAACAGAUAGUCUAUUUGAUCUGAAAACAGAUUAACACUCAUUUUAAUUGUUUUAAUCUUCACUCUUAGUAGCAGAGUUUCUUUUUGAUUAGCAAUAACAAUCUGACAAUAUAUCAGAGUAUUGCUGUUUAUUUGAAAAUGUAAUUUAUGUAAAAAGAUAAAAGCCUUAUGUCUUUGUUUAUAUAAAGGCAAAAGCUUUAUAUUAAAAAAAUGAGACAGAAAUAAGGUUUUAAGAUUUUUUUAAUUUAAGUGUGUUUGUUUGAUUGUUUUAUUAUGCCUGGUGAUUCAUGAAAUCUCACAUCAGAUUAAGGCUUAAAUAUAUGAAAGUUUAUUAAACCUGUUUUUUAAUAAAGCGAUGCUAACUUUUAUUACAUUUUUAAGAAUUUAUUUAUUAAGUAUUACCUGAGGUAUAGACCAUGAAAUAUUUAAAGUUUGCUUCAGAUAAAACAGAUAUACUGCAGAUAUUUAGUAAUGAAUGGCUGCAUUUUUAUUAAUGUCCACUGGAUGGCGAUGCUACAUUUUAUUAUAAUUGCAGGUCAACACAAAACUAUGAUUGGACGCCAAGUGCUUUGCAAACAUUUGCAGUACAAAUCGAGUGUUGUAUAUUUAUGUAAGAGGAGUUUAAAACUUUUUUUAUUUUAUUUUGUAGUGCAUGGUGUACAUGGGAUAUUAACACUUUCCCCUUACAGCCAUAUACAGUAGGAAAAUCUAUAUGUUAAAGGCGGGGUGCAUGAUCUCUGAAAGCCAAUGUUGUCAUUUGAAAUCACCUAAACAAUCACGCCCCUACCCCAAUAGAAUCUGGACCUUGUUUUGAUAGACUCGCCCCACACAUACGCAACCCAGGCAACGAUGUCUAGUAGACAUGCCCCUUACUACUGAUUGGCAACAGUGUGUUUUGGUAGUCGGCCCGACUCCCUUUUCCAAAGCAUUUUUCAAAAAUCAUGCACACCGCCUUUAAGUAAAAAUACACAGAUAUUUUAUUUGACAUAACGACUACUGAUAAUUACUUGCAGUAAUUUGUAACUCACAGUCACAAUGCGUUUAAAGUUAUGAAAAAGUUCACAGAAAAACAUUUAUGAUUUAUGCUAUUUGUAUUGUGUUCAUGAUGUUGACAAAUCACAUGAAAUGGUUAAAGUUUAAGUUUGUUUUAGCUAUACCACUUUCUUAUUGUCUGGCUUUAUAGAAAGAGCUUUAUAUUCAGAUCCCAGAAGUCUGUGUGUGAGAGAGAGUCAAGUUUAAUCCUGUAAC